CAUACACAGUGGUGCAGUGAACAAAUAGUGUCUUGAUUGAAUAAUUAAUAAAUUAUUAUUUCGACAAAAUGUUAGCUGAAGUGUUUGCACAUUUACGUAUAUUUGUGACGUAUGGACCGGGAAUGUUAUUUCUGAUAUUUUUGCAUGAAGCAAUACGCGUUCGACGACCGGACAUUAUCGAUAAAGAAAAUCGAAUUCGGAAUAUUGAGACAAGUGAAUUGUUAGAAUCUUAUGACUUCAUUGUUAUCGGCGGUGGAAGUGCGGGUUCUGUGAUUGCGUCAAGAUUAUCGGAAAUUGAGUCGUGGAAUGUGUUACUAAUCGAAGCCGGACCCGAUGAAUCGUUACUUUCAGAGGUACCAUUCAUAUAUCCAGCUCUGCAGCAUUCAACACUUGAUUGGGAGUUUGAAACAGAAAAAUCGGAUCGUUAUUGUUUGGCAAUGGACGGAAUAUGUUCAUGGCCCCGAGGUAAAGUGUUGGGUGGUUCGAGUGUUCUAAAUGCAAUGAUGUACGUGCGUGGAAAUCGUCAUGAUUACGAUCGAUGGGCUAGCUUGGGAAAUCCUGGUUGGGAUUAUAAAACGAUGUUACACUAUUUUAAAAAGUCCGAAGAUAUGCGAGAUCCAACAUUGGCGAAAAGUCCAUAUCAUGGUGUCAACGGUUAUCUAACAGUGGAACCAUUUCAUUUUGCAUCGCCGUUGGCUGAUGUCACAAUGGCCGCAUUUGAAGAAUUGAAUUUUCUGAACGAAGAGAAUGAUAUUAAUGGUAAAUCACAACAGGGAUUGGCACAAACUCAAGGAACUCUUCGCAAUGGAUUACGGUGUAGUACAAAUAAAGCAUUUUUGCGGCCAGCAAAUCAUCGACCAAAUUUGCAUAUAACAUUAAAUUCAUUCGUUCAAAAAAUACUCAUUGAUCCGAUUACACGAAAUGCUUACGGUGUACAAUUUCAACGUGAAAAUAAAUUGUUUGAAGUGCAUUCAACGAAAGAAACAAUUUUAUGUGCCGGUGCCAUUCAAUCGCCGCAAUUAUUGAUGUUAUCGGGUAUUGGGCCAGCAUCACAUUUGAACGAUAUUGGAAUCAAUGUGAUACACGAUUCACCCGGUGUUGGUGAAAAUCUGCAAGACCAUAUCGCAAUGGGCGGCGUCGUUUACUUGAUUCAAAAUCCAUUUUCAGUGGAUACACUGUCGUUUGUGGUACCAAAAAUGGCAAAUGCCAUUUCAAUUCGAAACUUUGUGUUCAAUCAAGAUGGACCAUUAUACGCAAUGGGUGCCGCCGAAACAAUGGGAUUUUUUAACACAAAAUAUCAAGAUCCGAACGUUGAUUGGCCAGAUGUACAAUUAUUUUUUGCAGCCUAUUCGGACGUUACUGAUGGUGGUCUGUUCAGUCAAAGAGGUUCCGGCAUUUCGUAUGAGUAUUAUUCACAAGUGUUCGAGCAUGUUGUUUACAAAGACAGUAUUAUGAUCAUUCCACUUUUAAUGCGACCCGAAUCAAGGGGACGCAUUUUGUUGAAAAGCGACGAUCCAAUGGAAUAUCCAAUCAUACAUGCCAAUUACUUUGAUUCACCGCACGAUAUUAAUGUUUUGAUUGAAGGUUCGAAAUUCGGAUAUGAAAUAACAAAAACAAGUAUCUUCCGAGCAUUAAAUGCUACACUAAAUCCAGCCGUUAUUCCGAAUUGCAGUGGAUUGGUUUAUUUGAGCGAUGAUUUUUGGCGAUGCAUGGCAAGACAUUAUACCCAAACCAUUUAUCAUCCAUCGGGGACAUGCAAAAUGGGACCAUCAUCCGAUCCAUUGGCUGUGGUCGAUCCGCGGCUUCGUGUUCAUGGCAUCCACAAUUUGCGUGUGAUUGAUACGAGCAUAAUGCCAUAUAUUGUGACCGGAAAUACAAAUGCGCCAACCAUUGCGAUUGCAGAAAAGGGAGCUGACAUGAUCAAAGAAGAUCACUUGCACUAUGGCGGAAAAAAUUACUAACAAAAAAUAUAUCAACAAUGCUCAUUGAACUUGACCAUGUUU